AAAAAAAAACGUCCUUUACGCAUUUCAAAACACAUAAAAAUAAUCUUAGCAAACAAUCAUUUGCGCAAAAAAGGUAUAAAAAAUCUACGUUAUCCCCUUUGUUCACAUAUGCUGAGUCGAUCCUUCGUUUCGGCAUUUCCGUCAAGAUGUUGCUCCUUUUAAUAUUAGCGUUAACCGGAAGCAUAGCUUCUGUUUAUUCAAAUACAGAUAAAAUUGUGUGCUACCACGGUAAUUGGGCUGCGUACAGAAACGGAAAUGGAAAAUAUACCGUUAGCAAUAUCGAUCCAAAUUCAUGCACUCACAUCAUCUAUGCUUUCGUUGGUUUGAAUUAUGAUAACACAAUAAAAGUUUUAGAUUCUUGGCAAUCGGUAGAUUUGGCUGGUUUUGCAAAUUUUAACAAUCUUCGCACUAGAAAUUCUAAAUUGAAAACAUUAAUAGCUAUUGGUGGUUGGAACGAAGGAUCUUCUACGUAUUCCGCAAUGGUAUCCUCAGCAGCGAAAAGAGCAACGUUUAUUCAAAGCGCUAUCAGUUUCAUACAAACAUAUGGUUUUGAUGGUUUUGAUUUGGAUUGGGAAUAUCCAGCUCAAAGAGGUGGCGCAUCCACUGAUAAAGCCAACUUUGCGUUACUUUUGCAAGAAAUGAGAGCCGAAUUCAAUAAGUACGGGUACUUGUUAACCGCAGCUGUUGCAGCUGCUGCUGCUUCAGUUGAUCUUUCUUAUGAUGUACCAGCUUUAUCAAAGUAUUUAGACUUUAUUAAUGUGAUGACGUACGAUUUACACGGAUCUUGGGAUGGAGUUACAGGACAUAAUGCACCAUUGUAUCCGUCAUCUUUUGAUGUUACAGCAGCACAAAGAAGUCUUAAUGUCGAUUCUUGUAUAUCUGGUUGGAUUGCAAGAGGUGCCUCUCCGGAUAAAAUAAUUAUGGGGGUUGGUACUUACGGAAGAACCUUUACUUUACAAAGCACUGCUAACACUAACAUUGGCGCACCAACAACAGGAGCUGGCACCGGAGGACAAUACACAGGAGAAAGUGGAUUUUUAGGUUACAACGAAGUUUGCGAAAAUGUACUUAAUGGAUGGACUGUUGUUUGGGAUGAUGAACAAAAGGUGCCGUACGCUUACAAAGGAAAUCAAUGGGUUGGAUACGACAAUCCGCAAUCAAUUGCUAUAAAGGUUGCUUAUGCUAAAGCUCGCGGGUUAGGUGGAAUAAUGGUUUGGUCUUUGGAAACGGAUGAUUUCCACGGAAAAUGUGGAUCAGUUAAUCCAAUUUUGAGCCAAAUCAAAACUAGCAUGGGAUUACCUCCUGGAACUAUUGAACCGCCUACAACAGGAACCGGCCCUGAAACAGGAAAUGGUUCAAAUUCCGGAUCUUCUAGUACAUCGAGUACCACAUCUGCACCAACAGCCGGUGUGGGGGCUACUUGUACAACAACUGGUUAUAUGAGAGAUCCGAGUAAUUGCAGCGUCUUCUAUUAUUGUCAAGCAAGCGCCAAUGGAUACAGUAUGUUCUCAUUCACUUGUUCAAAUGGUUUAUAUUAUGAUCUUAAUCUUGGAGUGUGUAAUUGGGCGGCUAAUGUCGAUUGUUGAGUCAUAAUGAUUUGAGUUUAAAACCCACUUUUUUGUAGU